UUGAUAACCUAGUAAGUUUUUUGAGGCGGUCUCAUUCUGAGUUCCAAGAGAAGACAACAGAAUGGACUUGUCGGAUGAAGUCCAGAGAAAUCCCUACUGCAGCUCUUGUCUUAGGUGUAAAUGUUACAGAUCAUGACUUGACUCUUAAAAGUGUCUCAGAAGUCCUUCAGAAUAACGUCACUCCUCAUGUAGCCUUCCUGGAAGCCAAAGAUUGCCCAGGCAUAAAAAAUCUGGUGCGGAAGCUGAUGGGGCAGCUGAUGAGCUGCUGUAUGGAUGUGGACUCACAGGAAGAGGACUAUGUGCAGGUUUCCCAGAAUAGAAUACGUUGUUCAAUGACUUCUCUUAUCAAGUGGUAUGAGAGUGUAACAAAGAAAACAGUUUCUGAAACUCCAAGCAAAAAAAGAACCUCCGCUUCUAGACAUUGGCAAUCUCCUCCAGUUGUAGUUAUAUUUAAAGACAUGGAAAGUUUCACCACAAAAGUACUUCAGGACUUCGUAGUCAUCAGCAGCCAGCAUAUCCAUGAGUUACCUCUAGUACUGAUUUUUGGAAUCGCUACAUCUCCAAUGAUUAUCCACAGCUUACUUCCUCACUCUGUUUCCUCUCUGCUGUGCAUAGAGCUUUUCCAGUCCCUUUCCUGUAAGGACCACCUGUCUACUAUAAUUGACAAGCUGCUCCUGACAUCCCAGUUUCCCUUUAAACUGGGUGGGAAAGUUCUGCAGGUUCUCAUCAACAUGUUCUUGUACCAUGAUUUUUCUGUCCAGAAUUUUAUCAAAGGAUUACAGCUCUGUGUUGUGGAGCACUUCUAUGUCCAGCCUCUUAGUGUACUGUGUUGCCAACAGGUAGACCUUAAGAAGAGAGUAAAUUCUUUAUCACAUGAGCAGUGUGAAAACGUUCGAAGGCUGCCCUCUUUUAGAAGGUAUGUGGAAAGGCAAGUAUCAGAGAAACAGAUUGCACUGCUGACAGCAGACACCUUCUUAAAGGAAACGGUACAGGAGUUGCUGGAAGACUUGUGUGUUUACCAUGAAAAUUAUGUUACAGUUCUAAAAUGUCUUCAUGUUUUCACAUCUUUUCUUCCGAAGUAUCCGUUGGGCAAGCAGAUCAGGGAGCUGCACUGUGCAUGUUUGGAAAACCGAGUGUGGGAGACAGAGGAGUAUGAGUCAUCUCUUCAUCUAGCAAGGAUGUUGAAUAAGUCUGAUUUGGUAACCAUGCUUCAACAAUGUGUGGAAAUUUUUGUGUCAUCUUCUGGAAAGGAGUUUGAUAAGACAGUGGAGAAGUUGAAGGAGUUCUUGACCCAGUUUCAGAAACUAGAAGUAGCAGAAGCUGUCCCAGAACGAGAUGUGUCCGUAUCGUCACAAAAGGAGCUCCAGAAGAAGACAGACCUUUAUCAUCUUCAGAAGACUUUGUUGGAGUUGAAGGAAUCAAGGCGGUCUAAGAAACUGACAAAGUUUGAAAUGCUUCGUUUUGAAGUUAUUGACUAUAUAGACAGUCUUGUAAGAAACUACCUUGUUCCUGCAGACCACAAGACUCUGCAUGAGGUUGUGUAUUUCAACACAGCCAGUGUUCUCCGUGAGCACUUGAACGCUGCCCCGAGGAUUGCACUUCAUACAGCUUUAAAUAACCCAUACUGCUACCUGAAGAAUCAAGCUUUGAAAAGUAACGGAGGAAGCAUUUCUAAUAAAGCCCCUGACAUAUGCAUAGUCUAUAAGCUUCAUUUGGAGUGUGGCAGAUUGAUUAAUCUCGUUGAUUGGUUAGAGGCUUUCUCAACUGUGGUGACGGCAGUUGAGGGACCAAAUGCAGACGCAGCUUCGUCAGACCAGGUGGAUGAUACUAUCCACGCUCGUUUUAUUCGAGCUGUCUCUGAACUGGAACUGUUGGGGUUCAUAAAGCCUAGCAGGCAGAAAACUGACCACGUGGCAAGGCUGACAUGGGGAGGCUGUUAAAUGUGCCACCGAAACCUGUUCUUUCUAAC